AAUAAUGAAUUCCGAUUGAAAUGAAAUUAGUCUGUUGAAAAUAUUACAAAUAAUUAGUAACAACUGCGGCGACAGCUGUUCCGAUUUUUGUGCUUUCUCGUGCCCAUCGCUACGUUCUUAGUUUCGCACGAAGCCAAACGUAAGGAUUUUCAGACAAAGGCUCAAUUAACUUGUGUGUAGGUUGAACGUGUGGCUCAAGUAAAACUCCUUAUAAGUGGCAAAUGUUGGCCAACAUGAAGGGAACACUGAGGGAAUUCUUUUGGCUUAUGGCUCUAAUUUCAAGCAUUUGCUUGGCAAAUGGACGACAAAUUCGCUAUAGCCGUUAUGCCACUGAGAUUACCGAGGACAAUGUUCAUGACUAUCACAUUGUGGGACCAUUUGAAGUGGAAGCGACAGUAAGAGAGAUUAAGUUGGCACCUUACGCUGCCGCCGGCUUUAGACCUGCCAAAGCCUUUCCAUUGCCCAACGAAAAGCAAAAUGAGAAUGUAGAUGACAAUAAUGAAUCGGUAACAGAUGUAUCGUCGACAACAAUAGCCAAUGGGGGUGAUAGUUUGUCUUUGGCCACCAUCACCUCUACCACUGAAGGAUUUGUAGGAGUAGAGGCAACAACAACAGCAACUUCAAAUAAUGCUGAAGACUCUAUAGUGGUGUAUAAUGCUGAGGAACCUUAUCCUGCCAAUGGUUUCAGGCCGAAAAUAUCUUUCAAUUUGCCCAACGAGCUUUCUGAUAGAAGUCAGAGAGCAGAAGAGCCAAUCACAGAAUCUAGCACAACGGCAAUUGCAGAAGAAGGGGGUUUGGACACAAGUCAAGGAGCAGAAUUUGCAACCGGAGAGCCAAUCACUGAAUCUAGCACAACAGCAAUUGAAGAAGAAGCCACUACCACAGAAUUGAGCACAGCAGUUCCUUUGGCCGAAUUCACCACUAGAAUGCCUGAAAUUGAAGCCAAGGCUCCUUAUCCAGCGGCAGGAUUUAGGCCUCGAAUACCUUUUAACUUACCCAGUGACAAUCAAGUCAAAGAUUUAGAACCCAAAGAGCCCACUAACACCGAUAUUCCCCCAAAUCAGGUUGCCGAAGAGGAAUCUCUACCUCAAGCCCCCUACCCUGCUGCAGGCUUCAGACCCUCAAAAGCUUUCCUUCCACCCAAUGAACAGUUGAACAACGAUGACCAACAGCCGCAGGAUAAUAGCAAACAUCCUGUCUGUGGUUCAAGUACAAAUCCUUUGGCUCCCAAACCCCUGGAUGGCGAAAUGAAAGAUCCCGAUGCGGAAACCAUAUUUGUUAAUCCCAAAACGGUGAUAGUGCCAGUAAGGACAGCAGCUCAACCUCUAAUCCUAGCCAGGCCUUUUUUCUAUAUGACACACAUACAAGCGUGGUAACAUAGCUUCCAUCAGCGGCUCACCUUUCCUUUAGAGAUAAAUAUUUAAUGGAGGAAUUUAAAAUUCCCAAAAAUGUCCGCAUUCAGUAUUCCCUUUGUUGUUAUUUCUGUUUGUUAAGUUUUUUUUUUUUUCUAUAUGUCCCAGAGCUUUGUGUGCGUUUUUUGGCCCAUGUUCCCCUUGGGUAACACCAUCAACGAAACAAAAAA